GGCUAGUGCUAAAGCGCUGUCGGGCAGCUUUUCUGAGAGAGACCCGGUUUACCUGGCCAGUAGCCUGGAUCUCUUUACAAGGGCGCCCGGAGCGCUUCGGACCCUUUCCUUCACAGCACCGCUGAAAAACAAAACAAAAAACAAAACAAAACGGUCCGCCCGUUUCCCCUUCCCCCGUGCCUCACUUCCGGCCCCGUGAUCCGCGCCCGGCCGCUCGACCUUCCCCUCAGCCCUUUCCCCUUCUUCCUAACAAAGCCGUCCAGACUCCUCGGCGGUCUCCGGGACCUUCCGUCCGCGGGAGAAAAAAACCCCCGUUUCCCCCCCCAAGCCGCUUCCGGUGGGUGCGCUUCCUCUUCCCGUCCGCCCGGGUGCCGCGGGCGACUCCGCUGGAGUUCCGCAAGGCGGUUCCUUUGUGCUCUCGGAUGGGCUGCCGCCGGUGAGACGCGAUGAUGGAGCCGGGCGCCAUGAGCGAGGCGGGCGGCAAGACUCCCGGGAUGGAAACCAGGAAGCUCAUCACCGCUACUGACAACCAAUAUUCUGGCAUGCUUUUGAAAGCGCUGGACGAGCAACGAGGCCUCGGGCUUUUCUGCGACGUCACUGUGAUCGUGGAAGACCGCAAGUUUCGAGCCCACCGGAAUAUCCUUUCGGCUUCCAGCACUUACUUUCACCAACUCUUUGCCGUGGCGGGACAAGUCGUCGAGCUGAACUUCAUCCGAGGGGAGGUUUUCGCGGAAAUCCUCAACUACAUCUACAGUUCCAAAAUUGUCCGGGUGCGAUCGGAUCUGCUCGACGAACUGAUUAAAUCGGGGGAGCUGCUUGGGGUCAAAUUUCUCGCCGAACUGGGCAUCCCUCUGCAACAGGUGAAGAGUAUGUCUUCGGAGGCCACACCCAGCGCUUCGGAGCUGCCCAUCUUGGAGGCAAACGGGCCCAAAGUCCAGAAGCCCACAGCCCCACCUGAGCCCCAACCCAUAAAAUUCGGGAAGCCUAUCAUUACGGAAUCCUUUUCCCUAUACAGGGAGCCGUGUGACUCCACCAAGAUCACCAUUAGUGAUUCCGAUGAUGAUGACGAUGACGACGUCAUUUUCUGCUCAGAGCUGGUCCCUUCUAAGGAGCGUGCUGUGGAGACCAAAGUCAUAACCCAGAUCCCGCCUUGCCCGAAUGCCUCGGGGUCUUCUGAGGUAGCCAGCUCUACCAACAGUCAUUCUCUUCCUCAACCGGUGGCAACUGCACCUCCACGGCUUGACUCGUCGACUGUUCUUCCAAAUCCGGCCGAAAACCAAAAGCUUCUUGACCCCCUUCCUCCCCCGGCUCCAAAGACCACGGCUCCAAAUGUCCUUGUGCUUAAUUCAUCGCAGGUUGACGUUGCUCCAGGGGUUGGUUCGUCCCACGAAAUAGAGGUGUUGCCUAUUCCCGAAGAGAAUCAGCAACCAUCCACCAACGAUUCCUUAACCGACAUGGAAACCAACGUCAUAGACGAGGAGGAGGAGGAAGAGGAAGAUGUGGAAGACGAUGAUGACAUCCUGGGUUUAUCCAGUCCCGGUUCGGCAAGCAGCAGUUCUCUGGUCCAGCAGCCCACGACUCCAAAACCUACCGUUGCGGCCGACAGCACAGCAGCCCAGAAGAAGCAGGUUGUGAACUUCCCGCCGGAACCCAUCUCCCAACCCAACGAAUUCAAGAUCCAGAUCUCCGAUGUUCUUUCCGGAGGCCUCAACGAUGCUCCCCCAAACGUUGCUCCAAAGCACGUCACCGAAGGGCAGAAGACCAUCACGUUAGACAAAGCAUCGGAGAUAGAAAGCUUAUCCACCGGCUGCAAAGUUUACGCAAACAUCGGCGAAGACACCUACGACAUCGUCAUCCCGGUGAAAAAUGAGGCCGACGGAGAAGUUCGGUUGGACGACGUGCCGCGCACCUCGGGCAACGAUUCCGCCAACCGCAAGCGCUUGAAAGUCAAGCACGACGAUCACUACGAGCUGAUUAUGGAUGGAAAAGUCUACUACAUCUGCAUUGUGUGUCGGAGGUCCUACGUCUGCCUGACCAGUUUGCGGAGACACUUCAACGUUCAUUCCUGGGAGAAGAAAUACCCCUGUCGUUACUGCGAGAAAGUUUUCCCUCUGGCGGAAUACCGCACCAAACAUGAAAUCCAUCACACCGGGGAGCGGCGGUACCAAUGCUUGGCGUGCGGCCAAUGUUUUAUCAAUUAUCAGGUGAUGGCCACUCAUCUUCGAUCGGUUCACAGUCAAGAUCCUUCAGGGGAAUCCAAGCUGUACCGUUUGCAUCCGUGCCGGUCUUUGCAGAUCAGAAAUUAUGCAUACAUUUCGGGGAAUUCCAACAAUAUCCCGGUUGCCAAUGACAAUGCCCUGGUUUAUUCUGGCAGUCCUUCAAAAGAGACCCCUCAGGAACCGGUCCCGAACCAACCCGUGAAGCCAAUGACUUGGGACGACAUCUUCGUCCCGCAAGCAAACGAAUCCCUCUUUAAACAAAACCCAUCGGACGGCACCUCCGAAUUUGAGUUUGUGAUACCAGAAUCUUACUGAAGGUGUUGCGAAAAUGGGGGGAAAAAUUGUUUUGUUUCGUUAUCAAAAGGGGGAGGAAAGUUUUUGUGGUUGUUGGUUGUUUUAAAGGAAAAAAAAAAUCAGAGUUCUUUCUCAACGGGCCACUCGGAAGCAUCUAGAGAGCCUCUCUUUAUUAUGGAACACAUCCACGUGCUUCGUCUUUGACCUUUAGCCUACGGUAGUGUUUUAAAAUUAGAUAAGAUGUGUAAUAACCUUUGAACUUGUGAACAAAAAAUUGGUCAGGAAAUCAAACGAUACUUGAAUACAGGUGAAAAGACGCUUUUAGGAAGUUAGGCGUUUCGGCGUUUAUUCGUACGGAUCAAAAUCUAAAAAGUUACCCGUUCGGAGACUCCCCCCCUCCCCCCCCGGUUAGGUGUAGAAUAACAGGAAUAUAUAUCUCUUCCUUGAACCACUUACUUUUAUUUUCAUGUUAGCACUUUAAUGCUGAAAUGGGUUCCAUUGUGACUAGGAAACAGGCACGCAGCUAGAUUUUCUUGCUGAUGUUGUUGGGGGGGCGGGGGAAAUCUUUUUUGUUGUUUUUUCUUUUGUAAAUCGAAAUCGGUGCGUUCCUGUAACUGAACGAUAUAAGGGUCCAAAUCAUGCUUGCUCUCACGAAAACCAUGCGUGCUAUUCACUUACUUUCCCUUACCGGUUCGCAAAUGUGAGCGUGUGCGAGCGGGGGCCUUCUGCAUAUGCGCUUUGCUAGCGCGCGCGGCUUCCGACACGUGCGCCCAGCCUCAAAAAUGUGUCUAAAUAGGAUGACAUAGAGCGUGUGUGUGUGUAGGGCACCCUUGAUUUCCGCUACCGGUUCGGGCGAACCGGUCUUAACCGGCUGAAUAUCACCUCUGCGUGAAACCAGGCUUAACGGCGAAAGAGGCAUAGCCAUUUCUCGUUGGCUUUUUGAAAUAAACAAUGGUACAUUGUAAUGCACGUGGGUCAUCCUUAAAGAGAAGGUUUCUCCAAGGAAAAAUGUUAACACUCGUUUUUAUCCCAGGGAUUAAGCUUAACUCAGUGGCUGGGCCAUUGUAUUUCACCAUUAUUAUUAUUUUUUUGACUCGGUAGGGUAGAUGAAAGACAAUAUAAGAUCAGGAUAUUUUUUUUUCCUUACAGGAGAAGCAGGUUAACCAUUUGCAAUGAACCUUAAUUCCCCCCCCCCCGUUUUAUUCCCUAGGAGAGGGGGAAAAUAAUUUAGAAAUCUAAUUUUGUAGAUUUUUGCCCUGAACAGUGCAGAAGCUUCCUACCAAAGUAGCCUUGGCAAAUGAAGUUGUUGUUUUGUUGCUCUGUAACUGAGUUGGUAGUUUUUAAAAGAGAGCAUAGUAGUUAGUUCGUUGUUGUUUUUUUACAACAGCGACACGGAAAAAGGGGUUUGGCGCUUUUUUGAGGGGGGUGGGGGGGCAGAUGUGCUAAUCUCGAAGUUUCCUUUUGUCACCAUGUUUUUUCUUUCCUUGCAAAUUGAUAAUAUAGUUUUCCAGUGCUGGACGAUAAGCAGGGUCUCGAUUUGAGCAAAUAAGAGAAGUGGUCAAGAGCCAUGUAGUUUUGGGGCUUUUUUUUUUUUGGUCAAAUAACCUCUUGCCUUUUUUUUUUUUUUUUUUUGUAAAUUACAAUAUUUGGAGUGGGUUUUAUAGAAGGUCGAAAAGGACCGUGAUGAAUAAAACUAGUUAGCGAUCGGUGGUUUGUCAUGAAAAUCUACUGUCCUCAUCACUUUUAACUGUUUUCUUCUUCUUUUUCCCCUUUUCUGAAGUCUCUAUUUUGUAUUCAGAGUAGUCAUUUCCUAGUCCUUAAUUUCAUGUCGUCGUUUCCCCCCCCCCUUUCUUUCUUCCUUUCUUUUAAUGUUGUAUUUUCAGCCAGGAAGUGAAUGAAAUUCUGCUGGGGAGUAAAAGAGACAAAAAUCAUGUACUGAAAUCACGACAAAAAAAAGCAGAUCGUGUUUCUAAUAAUGGGAAGAAAGCGAAGUGUGAUGUUUUUUUUUCCUGUAGAGUUGAGAUGAUGUUUGAUUAUGGUUAGAAGGUUUGUUUUGUUUUUAUAAAUGGAAAUGAUCUUUUAAAAUUGGCAUUGCAUACUUAAAUGAAAUCAUUUGUGGGACUUUAUUAAAAAAAAAAAAUCCUGUUAGUCGAUCUCCAGUAUAUUUGUCCUUUUCAGGAGAUACCGGUGUCCGUAGCAUUUUAUAAACUAAGUGAAACUUAACUUCAUUCAGCUGCCCGUAGCAAAGGGUGUUGCAUCGUUUGCUAAUGAAAACUCACCAUGUUGCUGUACGUCAAUCAAACUUUCAGCUUGAACAUGCUAGUCCAUCCACCCGCCUCCCAAAAAAUCCUGAUAACCAGUAAUUAAAUCAGUGCCUGUUUGAAGUGUCUUUUUUUUUUUUUUUGGUUUAAUUUGCAAACCGAAAGACGAAGUUUCAAAGCUGUUUUAUCUUGUUAAAAAGACACUCUGCGUCUUUGUAUUUGGUUUUCCAAAUAUCCAGUUUAUCACGUCACCGUGAAGUCUUUUUGCUUUACGGGGCAUUGGAAAGAUGCUGGUUUCCAUUUUGACUGACACCAUCUAUAGUGUUUGGUUUUUUAAAAAAAAUAAAAAACAAAAACACCACCACCUGGUGGUUACCGAUUUAAGAAACAGACCCUCUCCUUUUUUUCAGUUUCUCGUGUUUUAUAUUUUGUAAAAAAGGUCAUCACCUCGGCUCUGGAAAGGACACCUCUAAAUGACAUUACUGAAUGAGAAAGAUUCCCCUUGCUUCCUCCCCAUCCACACAUCCCCCCCAAAAAAAUCACAUUUACUAAAGAUAUCAAUGUGAAGUACAGCCGCAAAAUCUUAAAGCAAAAAUGCCACAGCAGGAGAAAUCAUUCUAAGUAUGUCUUUCUUGGAGCAACGACGCUCGAUUUCAGUUCCGCUUGAGUUCGGAUGUACCAAUGUUACACAUUUCCCCAUCCUGAAAAACGCGACUGCAAGAAUCCCUAUAUUUUUUAAAAUUUCUUUUUAAUUUAAUUUUUUUUAAAAAAAAAUUCUUUUAGGUUUUCCCCCUCGUUUAAAAAAAACAAAACUGCAGCAUGCAAUAUAACAGGAUGAAAAAGUUAGCCUUUGCUGAAUCGUCGUGGAGAAGAUAUGUUGAGGGCGUCUGACAGAAUUCAGAUGCGGCUGUGUCUGCCUAAACUUUGUAUAAAUCCGUUAUUUUACCACCUUGGGGUUGUUGUUGUUUUUGCGCAGAUAUUUCUAAGUUAGGAAUUUGUUAUAUUGGGGGCAGGAGAGAGAGAGAGAGAGAGAGCGCUCAACUUCUCUUUGAGGGCAGCUUUGCGCCAAAUGUGCGUUUGUGCAUUUCUGUAUAUGACGAUGAGAUUAAUAAGGAAAAAAAAAAAUCAGUAGUUGGUUUAAUUUAUUUCCUACCGAAGCGUUAUCACUUAUUAGCAAAAGGAAAGAUGCAAAGGAAAAAUUUAAAAAAAGGGGGGGGGGAGGGGGCAGUGGUUUUAUUUCAACGGCAGUUUUUACAGAGCGGUAUUAUUAUUAUUUUUUAUUAUUUUAUCAAUACAGUACUGUAAUGUAUAUAGUUGUACAGCUUUUUUCCUUAACAUACCUUUUCUGGGAAUUUGUUGUUCUGCUUUUCAUUAACCAAUACUUGACUUUUAGUCCUUAGAGCUUUGUAUGGCAAAAUAAAUAAAUAAAUAAAUAAAUAAAUAAAUAAACCCUUUCAAUUCUGUUGAGAUGCCAACGUUUCUAUUUUCCCCUCCCCCCUUUUUACCACAAACACGUGGUGUAGGUUUUCCUGCCUAAGCAGUGGGUUGGGCUAGAAGACCUCCAAGGUCCCUUCCAACUCUGUUAAUUCUAUUCUAAAGGUAAAGGUUCCCCUCACGCAUACAUGCUAGUCGUUCCCGACUCUAGGAGGCGGUGCUCAUCUCCGAUUCAAAGCUGAUGAGCCAGCGCUGUCCGCAGACGUCUCCGUGGUCAUGUGGCCGGCAUGACUCAACGCC